CCACAACAUGAACUGUAUUAAAGGGUCGCGGCUUUAGGAAGGUUGAGAACCACUACCCAGCUUAUUUAUGUGUCUAUAUUUCCUUAUGUGAAAACUACCCUUGCUGGAAUUGUCUCCUCACUCUGCUGUCUCCUGAGGAAUGCUUAGACAAAGGCAUCUCCAAGACUUUGUAACGAAAGGUGCUUUCUAAAUGUGAGGUGCUACUAUAUACUGUCUCUGGAAUUUCUUCUACUUUCCGCUUUGUUCAAGUCCUGGCUUCCCUUUAAGAUGCAACUGUUUCAUCUUUUCAUAAAAAGAUCGAAUUUCUUCCCUUCGACAGCCUUAGGUAGUCAUGAAACUUUUUAAUCUUUCCUGCAUUGUUGGGUUUUAUUGGAUUUUUAUUUGAGCAUUCAUGUUGCUCGUUAUUUGUUGACAGAGUAUUUUUUAUCUCCAGAUGACUUGUGUGGAAAUAAACACAAAUGUCCCUGCCUGUAUGAAUCUUAGCUAUUUUGAAAGGCCACAGUGAAAUAUUCACUGGACACUCUAAAUUUUAAAGAUUGAAACUGUCCUCCUUGUCCCAGCCACCUUGUCCAGAGCCACGACAGUUACAUAGUUUGACUGUGCUUCUCUGCUUUCUAGACCUCACUGAAGGUUGCAGGGCCCCUUAACUUUCUAGUUUUAUUUCAUGAUAUUUCUUUACCCCAAGUUUUGUAUUUUUGUUGAUUUUUGAAUGGACCAAGAGUAGCUAACUUUUUGUAAUAGUCCAAUUUAAAAUAAUUGGCUUUUUUUUCCUGGCAGGAAGCUUUUGGACUUUCACGGAAAGGAUGCCUUACACAAUUGCAUAGGCUGUCCUUUAGAUUAUGGUCAUUUCUCACUUGGUCCCCUGUAGGUCUCUCAUAGCUCUAAGCCAGAUGACCCAGAUUCCCUUUGUCUUACUCUGAUGUCUUGAGUUGUGUCUCCAGUGAACAGAGCUACAGCUGACACUGUGGAAAGGGAAGAAGGCUCCUGUACCUCCCCAGGCUGGAUUUUUUAAAGAUGCUCCUUUAUUGCACCACAAAUCAGCCCCUGUGAAAAGAAUGGCGUGCUCCAUGUGCAUCCCUCUUGAAGCUUCGCACUCUGUUGAAGAGGACACUCAUCCCAGUCAUUAUUUAGAAGCAAGGUCCUUGAAUGGGAGAGAUUAUCGGGACCGGAGGUACAUUGAUGAAUACAGAAAUGAGUGCUGUGAAGGAUAUGUUCCCAGGCAUUAUCAUAGAGACAUCAGAAGCAAUUAUCAAAUCCACUGCAGUAAAUCUUCAGGCCAAAGCAGGAAAAGCAGCCCUAAAAAGAAGCAUACUAGACAUUGCUCAAGUCAUCAGUCUCAUUUGAAGAGCCACCGAAGGAAAAGAUCCAGGAAUAUAGAGGAUGAUGAGGAGGGUCACCUGAUCUGUCAGAGUGGAGACGUUCUAAGAGCAAGAUAUGAAAUCGUGGAUACUCUGGGUGAAGGGGCUUUUGGCAAAGUUGUAGAGUGCAUUGAUCAUGGCAUGGAUGGCACACAUGUUGCAGUGAAAAUUGUUAAAAAUGUAGGUCGAUACCGAGAAGCAGCUCAUUCAGAAGUUCAAGUGUUGGAGCAUUUGAAUAGUACUGAUCCCAAUAGUGUCUUCCGAUGUGUCCAGAUGCUAGAAUGGUUUGAUCAUCAUGGUCAUGUUUGUAUUGUGUUUGAACUGCUGGGACUUAGUACCUAUGAUUUCAUUAAAGAAAACAGUUUUCUGCCAUUUCAAAUUGACCACAUCAGACAGAUGGCAUAUCAGAUCUGCCAAUCAAUAAAUUUUUUGCAUCACAAUAAGUUAACCCAUACAGAUCUGAAGCCUGAAAAUAUUUUAUUUGUGAAGUCUGACUAUGUAGUAAAAUAUAACUCAAAAAUGAAACGUGAUGAGCGUACACUGAAAAACACAGAUAUCAAAGUUGUGGACUUUGGAAGUGCUACGUACGAUGAUGAACAUCAUAGCACUUUGGUGUCUACACGACAUUACAGAGCUCCAGAGGUCAUUCUGGCUUUAGGUUGGUCUCAGCCUUGUGAUGUUUGGAGUAUAGGUUGCAUUCUUAUUGAAUAUUACCUUGGCUUCACAGUUUUUCAGACUCAUGAUAGUAAAGAGCACCUGGCAAUGAUGGAACGAAUAUUAGGACCGAUACCAACACACAUGAUUCAGAAAACAAGAAAACGCAAGUAUUUUCAUCAUGACCAGCUGGAUUGGGAUGAACAUAGUUCUGCUGGUAGAUACGUUAGGAGACGCUGCAAGCCAUUAAAGGAAUUUAUGCAUUGUGAUGAUGAGGAACACGAAAAACUAUUUGAUUUGGUCCGAAGAAUGCUAGAAUAUGAACCAACUAAAAGGAUUACUUUGGAUGAAGCAUUGCAGCAUCCUUUCUUUGACUUAUUAAAAAAGAAAUGAAAUGGAAAUCAGUGGUCUUACUAUAUACUUCUCUAGAAGAGAUUACUUAAGACUGUGUCAGUCAGCUAAACAUGCUAAUAUUUUUGUAAACAUUAAAUUAUUUUGUACAGUUAAAUGUAAAUUCUGUUUGUUUUGUAUCAGUGUAAUUAUCUUGUUAAGCAAAUAUGGUCUUGGUAAUGAUGAAGUAUAAAAGUUAAAAUUAAUUUUCCAUUUAAAGUUUUAUCAUUUUUAAAGACCUUUGAAAUAUACCUGUGUCUGGUGAUAAAUUUGAUUGUUCAUACUUUUUGUACAUGAAAAUUGACUCUCAAGUGAUUUUUUUUUUUUUGAGUAAAGGGAAAUUUUGACUA